UCUCUCUCUCUCCGUCUCCCUUCUUCUCUGAAAUAAAAAAUACAUUACAAAAAAAUAUUCAGAAGAUUGAAAUAUGGGUUUAGUGAAGUGAAAAAAACAUAAACAAAGGUAUGAAUCCCAGCUUGUGAAUACACGAGCUGCAUGACCCUGGUUAGGUAACUUCUCAGGUCCCAUUUCUUUUCUGCGAAAUGGGGAUCAGUUCUGCCCUUAAGCGUUAUGAACUAUGUAGAUGAUAUAUAUGCUGGAAAUUAUGACAAUUAUUAUGAUAGUUUUUCUAAUGCAAAAGUAACUGUGCCGUGGCACAGGAAUCUAAAAUACAAAGACUGUAGAGUAGUUGGUUAGUUUGAAGCAACUGAGACGCUAUUUCUGGCACUUCCACCAUCCCACUCCAAUUCUUUGCCUCCUCCUCCUGCGCGUGGGUGGCGUCACCAUGGCAAUAAGCACGCGGCCCAAGCACAAUUCUCUGACAGUUGCUGACCUCGGCCGCUUACUGGCCUUGGGCCUGCGACUCCAAGGCGCGUCCCAUUCUCUCAGGCGGCUGAGGAGCAGCAUGGCCAAGGCGGCGGCCUCUUCGCCGCUGGAGGACUUGGAUCUGAGCGGAGAGGAGGUCCAGCGGCUCACCUCCGCCUUUCAGGACCCCGAGUUCCGGCGAAUGUUUUCCGAGUACGCCGAGGAGCUCACGGACCCCGAGAACCGGCGGCGCUACGAAGCGGAGAUCACCGCGCUGGAGCGUGAGCGCGGAGUGGAGGUGCAAUUCGUGCACCCGGAGCCCGGCCACGUGCUGCGCACUAGCCUGGACGGGGCGCGGCGCUGCUUCGUGAACGUGUGCAGCAACGCGCUGGUAGGUUCGCCCACCAGCCGGCCCGGCUCGGGCAGCGCGGCAGCCGGUAGCCAGUGGUCCCUGCCGUACAGCCUGGCGCCCGGCCGCGAGUACCCGGGGGGCCGUGGCACCCGCUACACGGUCUACGAUGUGGUCUUCCACCCAGACGCGCUCGCGCUGGCCCGGCGCCACGAGCGCUUCCGCCAGAUGCUGGACGCCACGGCCCUGGAGGCCGUGGAGAAGCAGUUCGGCGUGAAGCUGGACCACAGAAAUGCCAAAACCCUGAAGAUCAAGUACAAGGGAACUCCGGAGGCCGCUGUGCUACGCACGCCCCUGCCCGGGGGUCUGACAGCGGCCUGCACUUCCGCUCGCAAAGGAGAGACGGGCCCCGCUGCGGGUCGUGCCGGGGAAGGGGACUCCGGGAUCACCACGCCGGGUGCCGCAGGGGAGGAACUUGUCUCCGAACCGGAACCGGACUUCGGCGGGCAAGCGGUGGCUACUGCCGGGAUCGAGGAGAAACCGCUUCCCGGAACUGGGAGCUCGCCCGGGGACCUAGACGGGGGGCCUCCUGCAGGAGGAGGGAGUGUGUGCGGAGGUCUCAGCGUCGGGACCCGCGUGGCCCGGGAAGACUCGGGCACGGAGCCUUCCGAUCCAGCCAUGGAUGGUCCCGGGACAGACAGCCGGGGACCUCUGUGUCCUCCGUUGCAGUGUCAUCAGGAUGAAGAAUCCCUGACUCUGCUCAUCCUAGUGCCUCGGAUCCAACCGCAAAGUCUUCAAGGGGAUGUGAGCUCCCUCCGGUACAAAUUGUGCUUCUCCACCCAAGACUUACUUUAUUAUUCCUUCUUUUUGCAGUUUGCUCCAGAAAAUAAAUUGAGUAUCAAAGAACCAGUGGUUAGCAUUUCUUCAAACAAUGCAGUAAUAGAACUGGCCAAAUCUUCAGAGUGCUAUGGACAUUGGAGAGAGUGGUAUUAUGGUUUAAACAACGAUUCUUUGGAGGAAAGGUUAUUUGUCAAUGAAGAAAAUGUCAAUGAAUUUCUUGAAGAGGUCCUGAGCCCUCCAUUCCAACAGACAAUACCCCUAACUUCACCGUUAAUUGAAGUUCUUCAGGUUACUGAUAGUAAGAUUCAAAUUCAUACAAAGUUGCAAGAAUGUAGUAACUCUGAACAGCUUCAUGAAAAGGAAGAAAAAGUCAACGAAGGAAGUCAUCCAACUAAAAAAAAAAUAGAACAUCCUACCACCUCAACAACUGCUUCUGAUUCAUCUAUAGCUGUUAAAGUACUAGAAUUAGACAGUUGUGGUUCAGUUGAAUACUUGCAACAAGACUCUCUUGAUGUGUCCCAAAUAUUUGGAAAGUCUCAGCAACCUGAGUCAAAAAUGGAAGAAAAAGGUGUUUACUCAAGUGAGGAAAAAGAUAAUUUAAAAGAACCAGUAAUGACUGAAGAGGAAGAAUUAACAGUUCAGAAUAUUCCUGGUUUUGACAACAUAAAAGAAACCAAUAUGCAGGAUGGUAGUGUGCAGAUUAUUAAAGAUCAUGUGACUCAUUGUGCAUUCAGUUUUCAGAAUUCUUUGCUAUAUGACUUGGAUUAAUUCUUCAGAAUUUAAAGGUUAAGAGUAGAAAAUUUUUGGACUUAAAUUCUAUUUCUAUAAACUACUACCUUAAAACCAAAGAUAUUCAAGAAAGUAUAUUUUGGAUUUAAAAUAGGUUUUCUGUUUACUCUUUAAAAACUGAAGAUAUUCAAGGAAUUAAAAUUUGCAAUUUUGAUUCUAAUGGGGAAACUGGAGGUAUUUUUUUGCAUGUUUAUACAGCUUCCUUCAUUAGGGAGAUAAGUUUUGUGAUUCCUCUGAGAGAUGUAUAUUAUUUCUGAGAGUUAAACAUUUAGUUUUAAUAUAACCUGUAUAUAUUUACUUCUCUGUUUGUUUUAGGCUUAUUUACCAUUACACUUUAAUAAAAAGUUUCAAGAUAUUCACUAAGUUGUGUCUGUCGCAAAAAGCAACUCUCAAGAAUGUAACUAGAAAUAUGAGUUGCAUUUGUAAGGGGGGCAGAAUCUCAAAACUGUAUUUAGAAAUAUCACUAAAUAAGAUGUAUUUAUGCUUGAAAUAGAGAUUCUUAGAGAUGAAAGAACUUUACUAACCAAUAUUAAUAAUUCAAAUAAUUAUAAUACAAAUACACUGAAUGAAAUUUAGUAUUUUUGCUUCAAUUCUAUAUUUUACUGUUCUUAUCUGGCACCAAAAAUAUAUAUAUUUAAUAUAGGUUAUUUAGUAAUGACUUUAAGGUGGCAGCAGGUAAUGUAUCUGUGGCUAAGUUAAUAAUUUUGUGGAAUAGUAUUUAUAUUUGAGGUCAGAAGAAAAUCCUAAUAGAUGUUUUUCUCACAAAAAUUUUUAGGACAGGAUGAAAGAAAAUAUCUGUUGACCUAAUCUCUGACCCCAUUUGUUCGAAAAACAGCUACCAAUUCAAACUUCUGGCUUUACCUUAGUCCUGGAAAUUACCUAAUAUCUUUAGUCCUUUGAACUGGGGAGGUCAGAUCAGAACACCAAAAGCUGUUAUUCUUUACAUUUAUAAUCUUGGUAAAGUCUGGAACCAGACUGGGCUGAGAACAGUAUAAAUGUGGCUAGCUCACAAAGCAAGAGAACUAUUUGCCCCAACUUAGAUGACCAGACGCAUUUUUCAACUAUAACAUGAAUCUUAGUUUGAAGCAGUAAUUUUGAAAAUGUCCACUUAAUAACACAAUUUUCGUAGAUUGAAAUAAUUUUAAUAACUCCACAGAAAUUAGUCUAUAAUUUUUGAUUGAAUGGAAUUGUAUAUUGUUACGGGAAACUUCUACAUUAAACGUGGAGUAAAUUUUAAGCCUGUUUCCUAUUAUUUACUGUAUCUGUCCUUUUAAAAAGUAUGACUUCAGUUAAAAUAAAGCUGGCACUAGAACAUG